AAGAGCAUUUUUGCUAAAUUUUGUUGAUGCCGGAGCAUGACGGUUUUCCGAAGUUCCACCGAAUCCCCUAACAAACUAGAAUAAAACAGCAGCGCCUUCAAAAUGUUAAAAAUUAUAUCAUAGGGAGGAGUAUUUUGUAUCUUGAUACAAUGAUUAUUUUGUAAACGAAAUAUUUACAAAUGUAACCACUUAAAGUUCCUAACUUUAUUAUAAGUAUGUUCGGUUAAAAGUAUUUUUGAGUUACGUUUUUCGUGACACUUAUCCAGUCGUUUGCACCGCACAAUAAUAAGAAUAACCUCAACGUGAAUAAUGCUUGUUUUACGUGGUUUUCAAAAUACAAAUUUACUUGUAUUACUCGGUGGUCUUUUACUAUGCCUCGUUUUUAUGAUACAAGUUAAACAAAUUUAUAAUAACAAUAAAAAAUACAACAGAUAUUUGGGCUACAAAGAAUAUAUGAAUGAAAUAUCAACGGAAUUAAAAGCAGUAGAGAAAUCUGCAUACAAGUCUUCAAUUUAUCUUCAUCAGUUAAAUGAGAUUCUUUCAAGACGGCGAGAAAAGGAUAUAAAAAAUAUUUCUAUAGCACAUCCUACUCUUUCACUAUAAAAUAUUGCAACAGAUUAAUUAAUUGAGAGAAGUCAUUUUACCAUGUCCAAGAAGAUAAUAUGUUUGUUUGAUGUCGAUGGAACUCUCACUGAUCCUAGACAGGUGAUUAAGCCAGACGUGGAAAAAUUUAUUUUGGAUACUGUUCAAAAAGAAUUUGAUAUAUCUGUUGUUGGAGGAUCAGAUAUAGAAAAAUUGAAAGAACAACUGGGUGGAGGAACCAUAUUUGAUAAAUAUAAAUAUGUUUUUGCAGAGAAUGGACUUAUUGCUUUCCAUGAUGGUAAACAAUUACCUACAGAAACAAUUCAGAGUAUUAUUGGAGAAGAGAAAUUGCAGGAGUUCAUAAACUUUUGUUUGAAGUAUAUAUCUGAAUUACAUUUACCAUUUAAACGUGGUACUUUUAUAGAAUUUAGAACAGGAAUGAUUAAUGUGUCACCUGUGGGUCGUAAUUGUACCCAAGAAGAACGUAUUCAGUUUUAUGAAUAUGACAUUGAAAAUCAAGUUCGUCAGAAGUUUAUUCAAGCUCUUAAAAAAGAAUUUCCAGAUCUUGCUUUAAGAUACAGUAUUGGUGGUCAAAUAUCUUUUGAUGUGUUUCCUAUUGGUUGGGAUAAAACAUAUUGUCUCAGACACAUUCAAGGAUAUGAUGAAAUACAUUUCUUUGGUGACAAAACAAUGGAAGGUGGUAAUGACUAUGAAAUUUAUGAAAGUGAUUUGACCAUUGGUCAUCGUGUGAGUUGUCCAGAAGACACAAUCAAUCAACUUAAAGUUCUUAUGGCAGUUGUUAAAGAGCAGAAAGACAGAGAGCAAUUCUCUCUUCCUAUGCAGUGUGCAUAAUGCAGUAAUUUGUUCAAUUUUGUUUAUUUAAAUUACAG